AAGCGAAUUAUUGCACCCCCUAGUGCUGCAUUUUGACAACAGGGCGUGCAUGUCGAGCAUGCAAUGGCAUGCUUAUGCUCUUUGCCUAGCAUGAGCAACAACAACAACAACACUUUUCAUUUUAACAACAUCUCAACUCCACAACAAUGGCAUCUCAGACGAGCCCCAAGCACAUCGUCUUCGACAUCGUCGGCACCCUAGUCUCCCACGAGCACUUCUACGACGUGAUCAGCACGCGACUGGGUACAGCUCUUGAGCCUCACAACAUCUCCGGCCGUCUCCUAGGGUACGCCUGGCUUGAAACUGCCGAGCGCGAAUACACAUACCUUUCUCUCUCAGGCCGCUACGUUCCCUUUGCAAAAAUCUUCCAAGCCAUCUUCUUCCGCGUCUUGCAUUUCGCGGGCGUACAUGAGCCCAGAAGUGUUGCGAACGAGGAAGAUGUGGAAUACUUCAUACAAGAGUACAAAAACUGCACUGUCAGACCUGGAGCGAGGGAAUGCAUUGAUCGGCUGCAAAAGAGUGGGUGGACGGUGUGGGCCUUCACGAGCGGCGACCGGGAGCGAGUAAAAGGGUACUUCAACAAAGGCGAUAUCUCCAUCGACAACGAGCACAUCAUUACUUGUGAUGAUGUUGGGAUCGGUAAACCAGAGAUCAAAGCUUACGAACGUGUGAAAGAGAGAAUCGGCGCAGGGAAAGAUGAGUCUUUAUGGUUUGCUGCAGCACAUGGAUGGGAUGUGAGUGCGGCUAGCAGAGCAGGCUUCAAGACGGCGUACUGUACGGUGUUGGAGAAGGAGCCGCUUGAAGAUGUUUUUGGCAAGACUGAUGUUACUGCGGAUACUCUGCCGGCGCUUGCUAAUAAGGUCAUUGAGGCAGCAUGAUGAAACAUGGGCGCGGCAUAGGUAUAUCAUAAAUGUAAGAACGAUC